UCAAUGUCAAAAAUCUGUCAAAUACACCAAUGUCUAGAAAUUAGGUUAUUUCACUAAUUUCGAUUUUAUAAAAUUCAAAACAUUGUAAUUACAGAAUAAUAAUGAAUAACAUCAAAAGAGUACUGACAGCGCCAAGCUUGUCUAGACUAAGCUCAACAGCACCAGCUGAAUUUAUAAACAGAAACCCUCGGAACUUGGAAAAAAUAAGGAUCGCUCGCAAACCUGAUGGCUAUCACUUGGAAGCUGCAGGGAGGAAGUUCUGGCAUAAGCUAGUACUAACAGCGAGUAACCGCACAGUAACCGCCCAAGUAGUCCAUUUCGUGAAUGGUCCAGUAAUAGAAGCCAAAACCUCAGAAUGGGCUUUACGCAAACAACUUUACAGCAUCAAGGAUACCUGUGCAUACAUUAAUCUAGGCAAAGUCUUCGCUCAACGGUGUUUAGAAAGUGGUAUUACAGAGAUGUAUUGUAAUAUCAAGCCAGUGGAAGGUGGAAAAGUCGACAGAUUCAUCAAAGAGGUUGUCAAUGGCGGUGUCAAAUUGGAAGAACCUGAAGUCUACAAAAAACCCAAUCCGUGGGACUUACAUCGACCAGAAAAACCUUGGGAGGUUGCUGAAGAAUAAUAUUUUAAUAUAGGUUUAAUUAAGUAGCAAGUAGGUAAUUAAAACAAAAUAAAUAUUAUUUAAUGUGA